CAAUUUUUUUGGCAGGCACAUCUUGGAGAGCAUCAACGGUAUGAGAAAAAAUUUCAAGUUUUACGACCCAAAGCUUCUCGUAGUGCAUGGGAAAACCGAUGAAGAGAAGAGUCAGUCUUUUGAUGAUGCGGCAAGAUGAUUGGCUGAUUGGUUAUCAUUGAUGAAUAACAACCACCAAAUGUUCUUUAUUCCUUGGAAUAUCGGUGCGCAUUGGACGCUAGAGGUCGUUACGCCAAAGAAAAUUAUCCAUUUAGACCCUAUACGUGGCCGCCCAAUUCCCGAAGAAAUUACUCAAAUGAUCGGAAGUGCAUUCAGAUAUAUAGGGGACGCACAUGAGUAUCUUGGCCAAUGGCAAGGAAUUUCACUAGCAAAUUGUCCAAGACAACCUAAAAACCAAGAAUGUGGUUUUUAUGUUUUGAAAUACAUGACUGACAUCGUAGCACGUGCAAACCCCAACCGUUACAUACAAGAUCAAAAAGCUGUAAGUUUUAAUUAUUGAUUAUAGUAUUUAUUAUAAUAAAAAAAAUAUAUAAUAUACAUAUGUAUCAACUAAUAUAAAUUUUUAAUUUUUUUAACAGUUUGGGGGUAAGGGGCAGUACGAUCCAAAAACUGAAUUGUUACCAUUACAGCGAAAGUGGAUAGAACGAUUGAUGGCGCUGAUUCACGAUGACGAUUGAGGUUGAAAGGCCCAACAAUUUUUCUUCAGUAUGUAAUUUUUUUAGAUUAACUUGUAGUUAGAUUUAUUAACUUAUUAAUAUUUUGGACUAAUUUUACAUUAAUGUUUGUGUAAUAUUUAAUUACUUUUAUGAAAUGAAAUUAUGUAUUUUAGCAAAUUUUAAUAUUAAUUUAAAUAAUAUUUAAUUUACAUUUUAA